GUGAGAAAUAAAACCAUUGAAUAAAUUAAAUCAGUGAAUAGUGAAAAUGAUUUGUGCUAUAGUGUUGGUAUUAUUCGUUUCCGAAGUUCUAUCAGCUAGAGAACCAAAACAAGUUAUGAUAGCCAACCAAGGAAUGAUAUCAGGGAUGUAUAUCACUCGGUUUCGUACCAAAAGGAUAGCAGCAUACGUCGGAAUACCAUACGCCCAGCCGCCAAUAGAUUACAGAAGAUUUACUCCACCAGAAUACACCGAUUUACCCCAAUGGGAAGGUGUAAGGAAUGCCACUGUUUAUGCACCUGAUUGUAUGCAAAGAGAUCCUAAGAAAGAAGAUGUACAGAAUCCUUUAAAUAAACAUGAUGAGUUGUUUAUGAAACUUUUGGAAUCUCAGAUGGAGGAGCCUAGACAAAAGGAAUAUUCAGAAGAUUGUCUUUACCUAAAUGUUUAUAUUCCAGAUGAUUUAAAAGUUGAGGGAUAUCCAACGAUGGUGUGGUUUCACGGCGGAGACUUCAUACGAGGCAGCCCUAAUUCACUUAAUCCUUUCCAACUUGUAUUAAAACAAAAGGUGAUUUUUAUAUCUGUCGCCUAUCUAUUCGGUCACGAUGCUGGUGCUGUUAGUGUGGGCUUACAUUUAUUAUCAUCAUAUUCUUCUGGAUUAUUCCAAAAAGCGAUAGCCAUGAGUGGUAAUGUGCUGUCACCAGAAACUGUGAACAUUGCUAGGAAAGAAAUAACAACGGUAGAUAAAGUAGCUAACGCUUUUAGUUGCUUUAGGAAACCAACAUUCCAACUUCUAGAUUGUCUAAGAAGAGUGAAUCAUCAAGCACUUCUUGAUAUUGGAGAACCGAUAUCAGCUUGGAAGCCAAUAGUUGAUAUGAAUUUUAAUAAUAUAUCGCAACCUUUUUUACCAGAUUUACCAAGUCGGUUAUUUAAAGAUGAAAUUUUCACACCAGUUCCUGUUUUAACGGGAUUUACAAAUAUGGAAGAUGCUCUUUUAUUGGAAAAAGAUAAUUCUGAUUCAGGAAUUAGUCAACGUGAAUUUGAUAUUAUGCGUGAAGAAAUAAUUCUCUCUGAUAUCACCGUUGAUAAUAGCUCGUGUUUUACAAAUCAACAUCAUAUUCAAGAUGCAGUAGCUUUCUUUUACAAACCAAUACCUCCUACAUCUAAUGAAACUGUUCUAAGGAAGCUCUUUUUAGAUUUUUAUACUGAUAAAGUUCAUGGAGCAACAACAUAUCAAUUGGCACAAUUUAUAAGUAAGCACGCUCCAGUGUACCUUUAUAGAUUUGAUUUAAAACCUUUUUCUGAUAUAGCAAAUGAAGGUAUACCAGAUUGGAUUGCAGUUCCGCACAAUUUUGAUUUAAUCUUUGCCUUUGGUUUACCUCAUUUAGCAUUACCUGAAGAUUUAUCGAAAUGGGACUACAGAGAUAAAAGUAUAUCAGAUGUCAUUAUGAAAAUGUGGAGCAAUUUUGCAUGGUAUUCUAAUCCAACGAACUCUGGUGUUAUUAUUCAAUGGGACGCAUUUGAAAUAGAGAAACCUGGAUUUUUUAUUAUAGAUAGACAGAAUUUCACAAUGAGUACGACUGCAAAUGUUAAUUAUAAAGCUUUCGAAUUCUGGACAGAUUUUUAUCCGAAAGUAGUGGAAAUAGGUACCAAAUGUUGCAAGGAAGUUAUCGAUGAUAAUGGUUCAGAUUCGACGAAGAAUUCGAAACGUAUAACUCAAGAAGGGCUGAAAUCAAAAGACCCGAAACAGAUGGGGAUACGUGGGUGUAAAAAUCUAGAAGAAGCAAGAAAGAUGUACUAUCACCAAUAG